AUGGGUACCAUCGAGGAGGGGAGAUGCUAUAAGGCUACCCCAGUGGAUCAUUUGCCUUUGUUUAAUUGGCAAAUGAGGAAAGUGAAGGAGAAGUCCCCUUUGCGUGGAGAAAUCACAGAGGAGGAUUUGAUCUCCAAUUUGUAUAGAUAUGUGGGUGUGCCUGGGGCUGACAAGGGGGUUGUCUCUGGGGGGGUUCCCUACGCGAGGGGCGUCCCCCGGAGGGGAGAAAGAGUAAGUUACUCUCCCUACGAGGGAGAUGGCCAAAAGGGAGAGGAUGGUGAAGAUGGCGUAGAUAUCGUCGAUAGCGAAGAUAGCCAAGCGGGGCCAAGCAGAAGACAUUCGCCAAGAGCUGACUCCACCGCAGCGCAAAGGAGAGAGGAUAUAUUAGCGGCCGGUGCUGAAGCGGUAAACAACCAUCAGGCAAAAAAAAGAACGAACGGAAAUAAAUACGUCUUCAAUUUGAGGACGGCUAGGAAAGAGCUGGUGAAAGACAAGAAAGGAAGUUGCAGCAGUGGAGAGAGGAUCAUCACGUAUGUAAAAAAAAGCGAUCGAGAUGCGAUGGACUAUCGGACGGAAAAGAAGAUGAAGGAACAAACACGGAUGCACGAGGAGGAAAAGGAGAAAAUGAAAAACAAAUUCGAAGAAAUGAUAAAAGAUUUAACAGAAAAAUACCAAGUCCAGGAAGAAAAAAAAAAAAAAUUAAUAAGCAGCAUUUAUAGCAAAUAUAUGAACAUGAGAAAUGAGUUUACCAAAAUGAAGAGCAUCAAUGAAAAUGUAAAAUCGGUAAAUGAAAAAUAUAAAGAGGAAGUAAACAGGUUAACUGCCAACCCUGUGGAGAGGACCCUCCUGGACAGUUACAAAAGCAAGCUGGACGACUACAUCGCAUUGGCCAACUGUAAGGGGAAUAAGAUUCAGCAGCUGGAGAGGGAAGUGCAAUCGGUACGGACCUCCGCAGAUUUGCUCUCCAAGAAAAACGCCACUCUGGUUGAGGAGAAGAAGCGCUUACUCAAGGGCAGUGAUAAUUUGAAGAGGGACAAUGUAAAGCUGCAAACCGAGUUGGAAAGGGCAAGACGGGAGAACCAGCAACUGAGGGAUGAACUGUUUUACAAGGAUAUGAAGGUGAAUUACUUGGUGAGCAUCUUGAACGUGGUGGAUGAGACGAUCCUGGGCGACGGUGGGGGGGGAGCGGCUCAAAGGAGAACCACCACUCAAAGGGGAGCCACUCAAAGGAGAACCACCGCCCAGAAGGGAACCACUGCCCAGGGUGCCAUCCAAAAGAUGAACAAGAAAAUUUUAAUCAAAUCGAUCGUCCAGAAAAUAAAAGACAUAAAUAGGAAGAUUCAAAAGGAGGAGGAAACAGCGGGAAGGCUUCCAAUCAACGUGGGGGCCGUCGAAGGGGAGACGUGUGGGGAGGCCAUCACACGGAAUGGCAACCAAGAGGGGGUAACAAAGCAGAGUGAAAGUCGCCAAAUGUUGGAAGCCUAUUUCGAUAGCGACCACUUUACGCUGAACGAGAGUGCACGGGAGGCGUCAACGGGGGAAAACGCACACGCAGCUUUUUUCGUGAAUGGCGCUAACGCGGGGGGAAAGCCCUUUAACGAAUUGGCAGAUCAGCAGGCCCAAGUGGGGCACAACCCCAGCGCUGCAGUCGCGGUGACGGGGGCGGACGGAGCGGAAGGGAGCCACGGCGCGGUGUAG